AUGGCUUCCAGUGCGACCGUUUGCACAUCGCUCUCCGGGAAGUGGUUCUGGAAGCAAAGAAACCCCGGGAUAGGAUUGCAAGAAGAACUCAAUAACUUACCGAGGGGACCAGAAGAGGGGCUGAAACUGACCGACCCAGCUGAUAGGGAAUCGAUUGUGUCGAGUUGGAAUCUGACCAAGGGUGGAGAUGUGCCUUCAGAAAUCCACGUAGAGCUUCUCGGGGCGGGAAUCAUUCCCCAUCCUUAUCGCGGCUUUGGGAUUGCGGACCCAGAAUGGCUGUAUGCAUGCAGCUUCUCCCUUCCGGCUGAGCCUGAGCAAGCGGCAAGAGUCAAAUCGGCCAUCUUGACCUUCGAAGGUCUGGAUACCAUAUCCGAUGUUUAUCUAAAUGGGGAAAAGGUAAUCCAAGCCGACAACAUGUUCAGAGGGUAUCAAUAUCACCUACCAAACGCCUCCGUAGGAGUACCUCUGAAAGGAGACAACACGCUAUUGCUCCAUUUUGCUUCCGCAAAAGCGUUAGCUAAACAGCUCGAAGCAGAGUUCGGAAAGGUCAGAGCUGGGUCAACUAAUCUUGGCGAUCCAAGUCGCGUGUAUGUCAGGAAGGCACAGUAUGGUUGGAGGUGGGACUGGGGUCCCGAGCUGAUGACUUGUGGCCCAUAUCGACCCAUCACCCUCACAACGAUUUAUCAUUCAGUCUAUGUAGAAGACAUUUGGACGAAGGCCUGGGUCUCACCGAUUGCCAGCCCCAAUGGCACUAUAACUUCUUACCUUCCAUCUCUGGCUGUCGACGUCACUGUUGCCCAGGUCUCCGAGUUCGAAGACCGCUACUGCGUGGAAAUCGUCCUCCUGGAUCCCGACAGCCACAACGAGAUUCGAACCCUGAAAUCUGCCAAACUAGGUUUACCGUUUUCCGCUGCCAAUGCAACUCGACCAGACGGACAUCAAAAGCAUGCCGUGGUUCAAUUGGAGUGGCCAGAUCUCCGCGCACUGAACGUUCAGCCAUGGUGGCCAGCGGGGAUGGGGGCACAGAAACUGUACCUGGUCGAAGUGCGCUUGCUAUAUCACCGCGCAGAUGAUGAGGCUAAUACGCCCAUGGUUGUACAAUCCAUCAAGAAGCGAGUUGGAUUUCGUUCUGCCCGCCUGGUCGAAAAUCCACUGGUAGAACCGGAUCAGUAUGGGAAGGGAACGACGUUCUUCUUCGAGAUUAACGGAGAGAGGGUAUUUGUGGGAGGUUCGAACUGGAUCCCCGCCGACAAUUUCCUGACGACCCUUUCCGAACAACGAUACCGAGAGUGGUUAACACUCGUCCGUGAUGGGAACCAAACGAUGGUACGCGUCUGGGGAGGCGGCAUCUAUGAACCCGAUAUCUUCUACGACAUCUGUGACGAGCUAGGCCUGCUGGUAUGGCAAGACUUCCAGUUCGCCUGUGGUGUUUAUCCCGGGGUGUCCUCGGCAGCGCCUGAUGUGGCCCCAAAGUCUUACCCCGCCUUCGUUCUGAAUGUGAAAAAAGAAGCAGAGUACAACGUGAAGAGACUUCGGCAUCACCCGUCGAUCGUCGUCUGGUGCGGAAAUAACGAAGACUAUCAGAUGGUAUUACAAUGGGGAGAUGUUCCUCACUUGCCCGCCACAGUCCUCUACGAGGAUAUUUUGCCAUCCAUAGUCAAGGCUUUGACCUCAUUCACUAUAUCCUUCGGCUUGAGCUGUCAAGACGUCGAGGCAUCGUAUGUUCGAGGAUCACCAUACGGAGGCCAAGGUUGGGACACCGCGGACCCUACAGUGGGAGACGUUCAUCAGUGGAACGUUUGGGGAGGGAAGGAGCUCCCUUACCAAGAGUACGGGAAACUUGGAGGGCGAUUCAUUAGUGAGUUCGGGAUUCCGUCCUUCCCUGCUCUGAAGACUGUCCAGUAUUGGAUGGAAGGGGCCGACCAGUCCGAAUGGUACGCCCAAAGUAAGGCCAUGGCACAACACAUUCGCGCUGGAAGCUACGAACGGCGGUUUGCUAUUUUGAUGAAUGAAAACUUUAGAAAUGUUGCAUCAAGCGACUUCGAUCGGUACCGCUUCAAUACCCAGGUUAUGCAGUCAGAAGCUGUGAGUUACGCUUAUCGCGUUUGGAGACGCGAGUGGCGAGGAAAAGGGAAGGAAUACUGCGGCGGAGUCUUGGUGUGGCAAUUCAACGACUGUUGGCCCGUUGCUUCAUGGGCUUUGGUGGACUAUUUCAUGCGACCCAAACCUGUUUACCACACCAUCCGAAGGUCUCUCGAACCCAUCGCAGUCAACAUCCUUCGCGAAGUGGUGCAGAACCGUGCCAACGAUCGACCAAAGCAGUUCUACGAAUACGGGGCAACCCGGUCUUUGGGCGCCAAUCUCCACAUCUGGGCCGUUAACACUACGAGGAAGGCAGUAAAGGUCAAACUUGAUAUCCAGUACUUUGACCUCGAAUCGGACUGGACAUCGCGGAAUGGAGUCACUAGCGAGUUCACUCUUCCGCCCAACCAGUCAACCGACCUCCUGGCUUUGGUGUGUCCGUCUCCGCCUACGUCUCGUCUCAGGGAUACUGUCGGACCGGGAAUUGACGGAUCCGGGACUGUGGUCGUCUUAGCCAGAUUGCUGGACCCUUCGACGAAUCUAGUUUUGGCCCGUUUCGUCGACUGGCCUCAACCUUUCAGGUACCUGCACAUCCCCGACCCACAGGUGGACCUCAACGUUUUGGAUGUCGACCUAACCACUGGAGACGCUACCAUACAACUCAGCGUUGCAAAACCCGCCAAAUGCCUGUGGCUGGAGGCCGAAGAUGAACAAGCACUCGAUGGUCGUACUGACCAAGAAAGGGAGGUCAAAUGGAAUGACAAUGCUCUCGAUAUAGUACCCGGAGAUUCCCAGGUCGUUGUUGCGAGGGGCUUGGGGAAGAGGAAGGUGAAGGUCACAUGGCUGAAGGAUUAA